UCCUAUUUUAUUUAAUUUAGCUCAGCAGCUAUCUGCUGAACGAUGGUCACAUGACAUGGACGAUCGAGGCUCAUCGUCGUUCUGCUCCGGCCGGACAAGGUAGCACAACAUGGCAGCUGCCGCUGCCGCUAUAGUCUUGUCGUUCGUCGUCACCCUGCUCGUCGCCACAGCCACAGGGUCCCUGCCACGGCGGCCUGCCUCGCGGGAAGCGGCUGCCGGCGACCGUGGUGUCACGUUACGCGUCGGCCCGCGCCAGGUGGUCGUGGACAACGGCGUGGUGCAGGUGGCGCUGUCGGCGCCAGAGGGCCGGAUCACUGGCGUCCGCUACAUCGGCGACCCCAACAACCUGCUGGAGAACGACGCCGGCCAGGGAGACUACGGAGGGUACUGGGAUUCGGUUUGGAACUAUCCCGGCUCUGAUCUUCCGGGACAAUACAAUAAGUUGGAUAGUACAGAGUUCAACGUAGUAUCCUCAAGUGAAGAUCAAGCGGAGCUUUCUUUCAGGAGUACAUAUAACCCAUCGCUUCAAAACAGCUUCCGGUUAAACAUCGAUAAGAGGCUUGUGAUGCUCAGAGGUAGCUCUGGGUUCUACUGCUAUGCCAUCUUUGAGCAUGCCAGGGACUACCCUGCUCUGAACAUCACCGAGGCUCGGCUCGUCUUGAAGCUCAACACGGGAAAGUUCAAUUACAUGGCAAUUACAGACGACAUACAGAGGUACAUGCCAAGUGCAAUCGACAGAGAUGAACCUCGUGCUGUCCCACUGGCUUACAAGGAGGCUGUUCUCCUGGUUGACCCCAAGGAACCCCAGUUCCGAGGAGAGGUGGAUGACAAAUACCAGUACUCGCUGGAUAACAAGGACAACGUUGUUCAUGGAUGGAUCAGCGACAGUGAUCCGAACCCCAUGGGUUUCUGGGUCAUCACACCCAGCAACGAGUUCAAGAGCGGCGGGCCUUUCAAGCGGGAGCUCACCUCCCAUGUCGGCCCCACAUCCCUCACUAUGUUUUUUGGGACACAUUACGUUGGUAAGUACAUGGUGGCCAAGAUCGACGAUGGCGAGAGCUGGAAGAAAGUCUUAGGCCCGGUGUUCAUCUACCUUAACUCAAGCCCCAAGAGCGGUAACAACCUCCAGGCUCUCUGGCAGGACGCCAAAGCGCAGGCACAAGCUGAGGCGAGGAACUGGCCCUACAGCUUCCUUGCAUCGCCGGACUUCCCCAAGGCAGCCGAGAGGGGAUCCAUUGCAGGGAGGCUCCUUGUCAGAGACAGGUACAUGAGCAAGAAAGACAUGCCUGCUGCGAUGGCCUACAUUGGGCUCGCCGCGCCCGGGCAGCCUGGCUCCUGGGCCACAGAGAGCAAGGGGUACCAGUUCUGGACAAGGGCCGCAUCGGACGGCGCUUUCAGCAUCGACAAUGUCCGGGAAGGAGUGUACAAUCUUUACGCAUUUGUUCCCGGGAUUCUUGGAGACUACUGCUACAGUUCACGUCUAACCGUAGCUUCAGGUCGUGUCAUGAGCGUCGGUGACCUUGUGUUCGAGCCCCCGAGGACAGGCCCGACGCUGUGGGAGAUUGGUGUCCCGGACCGGACGGCAGCGGAGUUCUACGUCCCUGACCCUGACCCCAAGUACAUCAACAGGCUCUUCGUCAACAAGGACAGGUACAGGCAGUACGGCUUGUGGGAGCGAUACGCCGCCUUGUACCCGGAGAAGGACCUCGUCUUCACGGUUAGUAGAAGCAACGAAUCCAAGGACUGGUUCUUUGCGCAAGUCACAAGGAAGGUAGACCAGGACAUGGUGCCGACGACAUGGCGGAUACGGUUCAACCUGGAUCGCGUCGUGGCAGACGGCACCUACACGCUGCGGAUCGCCCUUGCAGCUUCUGAAACGUGCAGAUUGCAGGUGCAAGUGAACGGGGGUGGCGGGGUGUUCACGACGCCGGUGAUGGGGGACGACAACGCGAUCGCGCGCCACGGGAUCCACGGCCUGCAGUGGAGCCUCGAGUUCGCGAUUGGAGGGCACCUGCUGGUCCAAGGCGACAACGCCAUCGACAUCAAAGUCGCGCAGGCCGGAGCGGGAGGUCCGGCGGCGGCCAGGAUCUCCGGGGUCAUGUACGACUACAUCCGCCUGGAAGGGCCUUCCUCCGGAGGCGCUCUAAAGUUGGCGCCCAUUGGCCGGGUUUGGAUGGAGAUUUUGUUUCUAUGCUCGGUGGCCUUCCUCGUCAUGUCCCAGUAGAGUGCGUGUGUUACGUUCCUUCCGGGUAGGAUUCACCAGAGAGCAGAGAGGUAAAUCAGAGAGGGAAUCGAGGAGGAACAGAGCAGUAGGGGAAGAACAGGGUAGAGGAGGGGAAAAACUCAGGGAAUGAGUUCAGGGUUCUGUUAUUGCGUACCGGCUUAUCGAAAUGGGAUUUAUAGUUCAUCCUCUUACAUGGCAUCAGGCUCAACAUCCUUCAGUCCGCCCGUGGACUUGCAACUCAACCGAACUCGGCCAACAAUAAGAAUCAGCCACUUCUGCUCACUUGGUUCCCUUGGGACAUAGCAGCGUGACCUGGCAAUGACAUGCAGUGGACCCAACAUAGCGUUGGGGCUGUCUAUUGGGCAUUCGUGCAUUUCAGCUCAGCCCAGCACCCGAAUUUGGAUAGUUGACGUACUAUUGGAUCCAACGAUCUGGGAAGUGCAGUGGUGUGAACACAAAUGUGCAGCGACUGUUCUGCCUUUGAAU